CUCCAGUUGCUGACGGAAAACACGACAAACGGCAAAAAGGUGCAAAUCCUACUGGAAGAGCUUCAUGAGAUAUACGGCAUUUCUUGGAGUACGCACCUCGUCGACCUCGAAACAGACGAGCAAAAGAAAAGCUGGUUCCUUCGUCUAAAUCCCAAUGGCCGAAUCCCAGUCCUUCUGGAUGUCACUGAUGACGGUUCCGUAAUCUCCAUCUUUGAGAGCUCGGCAAUCUUGAGCUACCUGCAAGAGACUCACGAUCUGCGCAACGUCUUUGGCUUCGAAUCGACACCUGAGAGGAGCCAGGCGCUCCAAUGGCUCUUCUUUUGGCACUCUUCUGGCCCGGUGCAAGGCCAUACUAGGCAUUUUGUGAAAGGAGCUCCCGAGCCUACACCGUACGCAGCGGAAUACUUUCAAAAAGCCAUGCUUCGCAUAUACGGCGUCCUAGAAGCGCACCUCAGCGGACAACAUAGUGGCCAUCCUCGCCAAUACUUGGCCGGCCGCGGCGAAGGAAAGUACAGCAUCGCCGAUAUGGGCACCUGGCCUCAUGUUCGAGCGUACCGGUCCCUGGGCUUCUCGGAGGAGAGCGACAUGCGGCCCAGAUUCCCCCAUCUUCUGCAGUGGGUCGACCGGAUCGCAGCGAGGCCGGCGGUGCAGAGAGGCAUCGAUGCGGGCAAGUAUGACAGCGAGGAAAAUCCGGGGCUUCGCGUCCGGACAGAAUAG